CACGUGCUGGCGGCGGCCGCGGGGCCGGGGAUGGAGGCGGCGGGAGGCGGCGGAGCCCCGGGCCCGGGCAGGGCCCGCCCGGGACAGCCCCAGACACAACCCCAACCACAGCCACAGCCCCAGGCACAGCCCAAGGGCCGGGAGCUCUUCAGGAGCCAGCGCAAGGAGUCCGAGGGCUCCGUGGAUUGUCCCAACCUGGAAUUCGAGUACGGGGAUGCCGACGGCCACGGCGCUGAGCUGGCAGAGCUGUACAGCUACACCGAGGAGCCCGAGCUGAGCCACAACAGGAGAUGCUUCGAGGAGGAUUUUCACACUCAAGUGCCGGACAGGAGGUGGCUGGAGCUGGACAGGGCUCAGCAGAAGGCCUAUGUCAUGCACCUGCUGGAUGGGCUGGAGGUGGUCAACAGGGACAAGAGGCUGCGAGUGGCACGGGCCAUCCUGUACCUGGCACAGGGUGUCUUUGGGGACUGUGACAAUGAAGGUGAUGUCCUGCACUGGUCUCGGCACAACAGCUUCCUCCUGUACCAGCUGGGAACCUUCUCUGCCUUCCUGGAGCUCCUCAACAUGGAGAUUGAGAACAGCCAGGCGUGCAGCAGCGCCCUGCGGAAGCCGGCGAUCUCCCUGGCCGACAGCACGGAGCUCAGGGUCCUGCUCAGUGUCAUGUACCUGAUGGUGGAGAACAUCCGCGUGGAGCAGGAGACGGAUCCCCCCGAGUGGAAAAGCUGCCGGGAGACCUUCAGGAUGGAGCUGAGUUUCCCUGUGCACACUGAGGAGCCCUUUGCUCUGCUGCUCUUCACCAUGGUCACCAAGUUCUGCAGCGGCCACGCUCCACACUUCCCCAUGAAGAAGGUCCUGCUCCUGCUCUGGAAGGUGCUCCUGUUCACGCUGGGCGGGUUCGAGGCGCUGCAGGCCAUGAAGGUGCGGCGGCGGGAGGAGCUGGGGCUGCCGCCGCUGCCCGAGGACAGCAUCCAGGUGGUGCGGGGGAUGCGGGCGGCCUCGCCGCCCACCUGCGCCAUCGAGCUCGUGGAGCAGCAGCAGCAGCAGCAGCAGCAGCCGCAGCAGCCCAAGCGGAGCCACCGCAGCCGCAGGCCCCUGAUGAAGCAGGACAGCUUGGAUAUCUACAACGAGAGAGAUCCCUUCAAGAGCGACGAGGGAGGGGUUGAUGAGGAGGAGAACGACGAUGUGGACGGCGGGAUGGAGGGGGAGCUGGAGCUGGUGGAGCGGGACGCGCUCAUCCCCGCCCUGCCGGCGCAGCGCCUGCCCAUCGAGAGGGUGUCCUUCCCCAAGGGGCUGCCCUGGGCCCCCAAAGUCAGACAGAAAGACAUCGAGCAUUUCCUGGAAGCAAGCAGGAACAAAUUCAUCGGCUUCACGCUGGGACAGGACACUGAAACCCUGAUAGGGCUCCCACGGCCGAUCCAUGAAAGUGUGAAGACGCUGAAGCAGCACAAGUACGUUUCCAUCUCGGAUGUCCAGAUCAAGAACGAGGAGGAGCUGGAGAAGUGCCCCAUGUCUCUGGGGGAAGAGGAGGUGCAAGAAACCCCUUGUGAGGUGUUGUAUCGAGCAAUGUUGUACAAUCUCCCCCAGUACAUGAUCGCUUUGCUGAAGAUCCUGCUGGCUGCUGCACCCACCUCCAAGGCCAAGACUGACUCCAUCAACAUCCUGGCAGACGUGUUGCCUGAAGAGAUGCCCAUCACCGUGCUGCAGAGCAUGAAGCUGGGCAUCGACGUGAACAGGCACAAGGAGAUCAUCGUCAAGAGCAUCUCGGCGCUGCUGCUGCUGCUCCUCAAGCACUUCAAGCUGAACCACAUCUACCAGUUUGAGUACGUGUCCCAACACCUGGUGUUUGCCAACUGCAUCCCGCUGAUCCUGAAAUUCUUCAACCAGAACAUCAUGUCUUACAUCGCUGCCAAAAACAGCAUCUCUGUCCUGGAUUAUCCCCACUGCACGGUCUGUGACUUGCCUGAGCUCACAGCAGAAAGCCUGGAAGCUGGAGACAACAACCAGUUCUGCUGGAGGAAUUUGUUCUCCUGCAUUAACUUGCUGAGGAUCCUCAACAAGCUGACCAAGUGGAAACACUCGAGGACAAUGAUGCUGGUGGUGUUUAAAUCAGCCCCCAUCCUGAAGCGGGCCCUGAAGGUGAAGCAGGCCAUGAUGCAGCUCUACGUGCUCAAGCUGCUGAAGAUCCAGACCAAGUACCUGGGGCGCCAGUGGAGGAAGAGCAACAUGAAGACCAUGUCUGCCAUCUACCAGAAGGUGCGGCACCGCAUGAACGACGACUGGGCCUACGGCAACGACAUCGACGCCAGGCCGUGGGAUUUCCAGGCCGAGGAGUGCACGCUGAGGGCCAACAUCGAAGCCUUCAACAGCCGCAGGUACGACAAGGCGCAGGACUCGGAGUUCGCGCCGGUGGACAACUGCCUGCAGAGCGUGCUGGGCCAGCGCCUGGAGCUGCCCGAGGACUUCCACUACUCGUACGAGCUGUGGCUGGAGCGGGAGGUGUUCUCGCAGCCCAUCCGCUGGGAAGAGCUGCUGCACUGCCAGUGACGGCCCCGCUCCUGCCGCCGCCCGCAGGGCCGGGCUGGAUCCGGGGGUUUUAGCGCAGCUGGGGAAAAAAAUCUAAACUUUCCAAAGAGACCUGAGUGGUCUCUGUGUGCCCUGCAGACACCUCUUUUUGGAGGUCAUCCUGUGACUCCCUGGAGACCACAGAGCGUGGGUUGCAGAGUGGGCUCAGAGCCCGGGUGUGUCCCCGUGCAGGCUGGGGGUAAGGUGAGGAUUCCCAGUGGGAAUUCCAUCCCUCCCACACGGCCCACGCUCCUUUGUGUGGGUCUGUGCUGGCUGCUGAUGUGCUCCCAGCACAGGCACACAGGCUGGCUUGGGAUGGAGACAGCAUUCUGUGCUGUCCCUGGGCUGGCACUGCUGCUGCUGGGGUGGCACAGCCCAGCUCAGAGCCCUGAUGCCACCAAGGCCAGGUCCUGCAUGUCCCCUGGACACCCACCUGUGUCACCUUGGCACCUCUGCUCUCCUCCACCUGGCAUUGUUGGGGUCACACAGCCCAGCUCAGAGCCCUGGUGCCAGGUCCUGCACGUCCCCUGGACACCCAUCUGUGUCACCUUGGCACCUCUGCUUUCCUGCAACUGGCACUGCUGGGCUGGCACUGCUGCUGCUGGGGUCACACAGCCCAGCUCAGAGUGCUGGUGCCACCAGGGCCAGGUCCUGCAUGUCCCCUGGACACCCAUCUGUGUCACCUUGGCACCUCUGCUCUCCUCCACCUGGCACUGCUGCUGCUGGGGUGACACAGUCCAUCCAGCUCAGAGUGCUGGUGCCACCAGUGCCAGGUCCUGCCUGUCCCCUGGACACCCACCUGUGUCACCUUGGCACCUCUGCUUUCCUGCACCUGGCACUGCUGGGCUGGCACUACUGCUGGGCUGGCACUGCUGCUGCUGGGGUGGCACAGCCCAGCUCAGAGCCCUGAUGCCACCAGGGCCAGGUCCUGCAUGUCCCCUGGACACCCAUCUGUGUCACCUUGGCACCUCUGCUUUCCUGCACCUGGCACUGCUGGGCUGGCACUGCUGCUGCUGGGGUCACACAGCCCAGCUCAGAGCCCUGAUGCCACCAGGGCCAGGUCCUGCAUGUCCCCUGGACACCCAUCUGUGUCACCUUGGCACCUCUGCUUUCCUCCACUUGCCAUUGCUGGGCUGGCACUGCUGCUGCUGGGGUGGCACAGCCCAGCUCAGAGCCCUGAUGCCACCAGUGCCAGGUCCUGCAUGUCCCCUGGACACCCAUCUGUCAUCUUUGUACCUCUGCUUUCCUGCACCUGGCACUGCUGGGCUGGCACUGCUGCUGGGGUGGCACAGCCCAGCUCAGAGCCCUGUGCCACCAGUGCCAGGUCCUGCAUGUCCCCUGGACACCCAUCUGUGUCACCUUGGCACCUCUGCUCUCCUCCACCUGGCACUGCUGCUGCUGGGGUGACACAGUCCAUCCAGCUCAGAGCGCUGGUGCCACCAGUGCCAGGUCCUGCAUGUCCCCUGGACACCCACCUGUGUCACCUUGGCACCUCUGCUUUCCUGCAACUGGCACUGCUGGGCUGGCACUACUGCUGGGCUGGCACUGCUGCUGCUGGGGUGGCACAGCCCAGCUCAGAGCCCUGGUGCCACCAGUGCCAGGUCCUGCCUGUCCCCUGGACACCCACCUGUGUCACCUUGGCACCUCUGCUCUCCUCCACCUGGCAUUGCUGGGGUCACACAGCCCAGCUCAGAGCCCUGGUGCCAGGUCCUGCAUGUCCCCUGGACACCCACCUGCCACCUUGGCACCUCUGCCCUCCUCCACCCUCACCCACCUUCAUUGCAGCGCCAGCUGUGCCGUUCCCAGCUGUGGAGCCUGGAGAUCCCUUUGCUCUCCUCCCUGAGUGUCACUGGCAUUGCACAUCCUCUGCAGCCCUGAGGGGACAGCAAAUACAAAUUAAACAGCCCAAGUUUUACCCAGAUUUUCGCUUGUUUGGGGCAAUGUCUGUGCCAGCUCUUGGGGUGGGGAGGGAAGGUGCUUUGGUGAAUAAUUUAUGAGGAAAACAGUGGAUUCUGUGGUCCAUAACUUUCAGGAUGAACAGGAUAUGGAGCUGUAAAUUUUCUGUCAAUUUAAUAACUUAAUACUUCAAUUAAAUAAUGAACAUUACACUUGGGUAAAGCUGCAUUGCAUGAGGGUGGCAUUUGUCAAAGCAUUGUGUGUUCAUAUAGGGCAGGGAAGCCCAAAAUAAACAAGUGUUUGUUAUGGCAGGAUUUGUGCUAAUUGCUUAAAUAAUUAAUUAGCUUGGGAAUGUUUCCUUCAUGGGGUUUGUCCAAGGCCUUGUUCAUGGAAAUGGCAUUAAGCCUUUUAAAGCCUUUUAAAAUAUGCUUUUGUUCAAAAUAAACCAACU